CCAAGCAUUAUUCUUGUGCCGCUUUCAAUCUAUUGGCAAGCGCAUUUUUCAGGAAUUGGGAAAUAUUUGCAUUUUUUGUUUUCAAAUAGAUAUCUAAAUGCAAAGUUUUGUUUAUUAUAAAUUAGUUUUGAAUUUCAUCAAAUGAAAUGUGUUGUGUGUAAGGAGUUUAAUUAUUAACGAUAUUUAUCCAAAAUAAAUAUGGAUACAAUCAUUUUGCAUUCAGACAUUGCUCGGCUUGUGCUAGGCUACUUGAAGCGACAAAAUUUAGAACGCACAUCUCGGCUAUUUUGUAAGACUUCACCACAUCUAAAACAGUAUUUUACAGCGUACAGAAAAGGUCUAACGCCACAUAGUUUUUGCCCAGAUUUAGAAGAAAUAAUCUGUGAAUAUGUAAAUAUUACAGAAACCGUUGAUAACAUUGUCGCAUCAUUAUCGAGUAAACAACGUUUUGAAUUAUUUGAACUGAAGCUGUCAAAUAAAGUCAAGCUGCUGCUCGAACGUGCAUUACACAAGAAUUCCCAGCCUCACUCAAACGAAAGUCUAUCACAAAAUAAAAAUGAUGCAGGGGCCAGUACAACACGCCAUUCUGAUAAGGAAAAUACGACUAAAAAUCAAAAUAAACAAAAGAGGAAACGUGCUACACUGGCAUACUCUUCCGAUGAUCAACAAAUUUCCAGCUUUUCUGCUAAAAAAAUUUGUAAAAGACGUCGCACCCUGGAACCUUUUCUUUUCGUCAGCCCAAAAGAAUGCAACCAUAGAAUUUUCCUAACAGCUUCAACUGGAGAUGAUCAAACGCCGACAGAUGAUGAAAAUGAAGUAGAAGAUACGCUGGAUGAUGACAGUAAUGAUAAUGAAAACGGGCCGCUAAAUGAGACUGACAUUUCGCAUAUGGAAAAGCCGACUAAAGAAUCAACGCCGCUUAAUAGGUCUGAUAAACGAAAAUUUUCAACGCCAUCUGUGCCGGAGCUUUCCCAGGCAAUUUUGAGCAAUCCUCAGUUUCAAAUGAAACUGGUGGAUAAUAUUAAUCAAGCACUCAAUACCGCCAGCACACAGUCAGCCACUGAAACAGCAAGCAACAAAGUAACGAACGUUAAUAUACCAACUGAGAAUGGCAACAUUUCAGAGGAACAACAAAUUAUUAAUUCCAAUGAAAUGUUGGAUCAAAUGGUUAAAGAUAUUUUACAGGCCACAGAGGAGGAUCCCGCUUUCGAUGAUAUUAUCGAAAAUGUUGUCGGUGCAACCAAACAUCCUACCAAUGUAUCGGCUGGCGUACAAUGUAAUAUAAAUACAAAUGCGCCACAAACUGUAUUUACCAUGCCAACUGUUUCCGCUGUUGUUGGUCAGCAACAUCAACAAUUUACUUUUGUGCAACAGCAACAAACACUACAACAGCAGCCACAGCAGUUAACUAUACCAUGUAUAUCAGCGGUAACACAACAAUCGACUGAUCAAGCAACAGCACCACGUACCCCACUUAUUAUACGCACGGCGGUAGCGACCGGAAAUACUUCAUUGACCAACGCGGCCAAUGAGGGACAAGUUAUAUCUACACUUACAGCUAAUAAUUCUUUCAGUUCACUAAUUGAUCCGAAUUUUUCAAUAUCGAAAUUGAUAGUCUUAAAUCCAAAUGAAAGUGCACAGAAACAACAACACUCUGCCGAUCACGGGAUUGGCAAUAACACUGCUGAUACUACAAUAACCCAACUCGCUAAUGGCGCAAAUCCCACAGGAGACGAGCAGAUAUUCUAUGAUGUCAACAAUGCCCAAUUAACUUUUCCGAUGUUCCUAACCGAUGAUGGUUUACUUACACAUUUUCCAUUCCUUGUCAACAACGAAACGAUAACUCAACAACUGCGUGCCGAAAACAUUAAUAAUUUAGAUGCGCCUAUGGAAAUACCACUAUCCGAACCUAUUAUGUUUUCAGCAGGCCAAUUGCCGCCAAAUACCGUUAUUCGUACAAGCACACAGAAAGCUGUAACAGCAGAAGAUCAACGUUUGCCAGGCGUGCUGGCGCCAACCACUGUUUGCAAGAAGCAAAAAGAUGCACUGGCGCCCACUUCAUUAAAUGUGCGUUCAACUCAAGAUGAGACACCUUCGACAAGUGGUAUAGUCAAUACGAAAGCAUUUAAAAGCCUUUCAACGCCACGGAAGCGUACCUCACAUGUGCGUACGCUUUCAUUUUCACCAAAGGCCAGUGCUACCACACGUCAUGAACGCAAAAAAGAGCCUGUAGUACGUCCUACUGCAAUCGCCGAGGAAGAUAAUGUGUUAGAAAACUCUGAUGAUGUAUCAGAGAGACCGAUAAUAAAAAAUGUUGAAAUACUGCCUUGUUUAGGUGGUACAAUAGAUGAAAGCAGCAACAGCUGCAGCGUGCCACCUCUUUUUGUAACGGAGGAAAGUAGCAAUCAGACUGUAAUUAAAACAGAAUUAUCUCAUAGAGAGAAUAGAGAGAUAGAAAGUAAAAUUGCCAAGACGGCAGUGCCUUCGUCAAAUAGUUUCUCUGACACGCCCAAACGCAAACAAGUGCGCAAAACCGCUGUACGCGCUUGCAAACGCCAACUUUCCAAGUCUUCAGAUGAGUGUGACAGCAAAGUGAAGUCAACGACACAACCGGAAAAUAUUGAUCCGAAGAAAAGGGGUUCUGAAUGUGAGCCAGCGAGCAAAGAUCCGAAGGCAGCUAAAUUGGCCGAUGAUAAAAUGAUGGAGGAAUGGCAGCGUCUUCGCAAUGCCAGUGCCAAGGACUUCGAUUUACGCUUGCGGCAACUUAAUGCCGAACUAAACGACACAUUAACAAAACCGCCACGAAGACGGAAGAAUGCGCCAGGAAUCAAAAGAAAUUUGCGUCGAAGGAAAUCUGCAAUUUCACGUCGGAAGCGUAAAAAGGCACGAGAUGAGGCAUACAAAAGUGUUUUAGAAGCUGAGGCAGAGGCAGAGGCUACUGACAACAAAACAGAUGAGAGGAGCGGGCAAAUACCACAGACAGAAACAAUAAUCAAAGAGAAAACACUCAAGCGUUUAAGUAAAGAUAAGUCCAAAGAAUUUAAUAUAAAGAUACCAACACCACAAAAAGAUAAGCGCGAAUCAGUGGCAAAGGUGAAUAAUGAAAGUGAUGCUGGUGCAAAUGUUGAAUUCAACGAAAAUACCGCAACGAUGGUUGUUGAUGCUAACAACGCACAGCCCAUUUUUGAAACGGAGAACAAUCCGACUUUGCAUAAAAGUGAGGAGCAUGAACGGGAUCGACGCACAGCAAAUAUUGCCUGCUUGCUGGACACACCCUUUAAGGAGCCCACAAUAAACGAGUUGCCACCUACGCCCGGCAUGCCAAUGCACGCUUUAGAUACGCCUGCAAGCAAGCUUCGUACCAGCGGUGGGGAAAUGCAGCUCUCAACCUCUUACCUCUUUGGCUCGCUGACGAAGAGUGAACAAGAGACCCCACUACUUAGCGCAUUAACACCGGGAUUUCGCUUUACGCCGUUCGGUCUUAGCCGUGAUGCAACGCCUCGUAGUUUGGCACCCGGUACAGACUAUUCCUCCGGUGGUUCCUACUACAAGCCUGAUGAAUCCGAAGAUUUAGAUCGUAAUUUCGAUAAACUUUUACGAGAUUCAGCACAAAAACAAAAGCAGGUGCAAGAGGAAGAGGAGGAGCGUGCAAAAAUGCUUGAUCAAAAUACCAAGGUUGUGGAGGUUAAAAACGCACUAUUUGCAGAAGAGCCAAAAGUACAGACGGAACAACCCAGCUUUGAACAAACAGAAGAGGCAGCCAUUUGUGUUGAAAUACCCGUUGAGAAACUACGUGUGGAACCCAUUGUAUUGAAGCGAGUCAAGUCAUUCGGCGCCGAAAGUACGGAGAAUACUGAGGGAGGGAGUACAGCUCCGACUAAUAUCGAUCCACAUUAUACACUCGUCUCUGAAUUGCCUGAAAUAUGUGCUCAAGGUGAGUCGUCCAAUUCGUCCAGCACUUAUUCCACUACUUCCUCUUCCUCAUCGAACGGUUCAUCCACAAGUUCCUCGUCAUCCACUUCGAGUGCGACAUCAUCAGAAAAAAAGGCUACGCCAUCGGAAUUAGGAGAUCAACGGAAAUCAAGCGAAAACUUGAGAUUAUCACUAGACAAUCUCUCAGUCAUAAGUAGCACGGAGGAUGAGGAGUGGCAAAAGUUAGCCGUUACAGAAGAAGAAAACUCACAGUUGGUCAGUAAUGAUGGUGAGGUGCGCUAUCCAGUACGCAGUUGGUUAACACCAAGUAAAAAUAAUUCUCAAAGUACAGACGAAAUCCACGAGCGCGGACCAGCAGCAACGAUCAAAGUAACUGUUCCAUUAAAAUCCGCUGAGAAGAAGAAUCGCUUGGAGGACGAUCUACAACAGAAACGCGAACGCGUGAUGGAAAAAUUGAAGGAGGAAGCGAUUCAGCAACGAGAACGGCUAUCAAAGGCGCCCAUUACGUCGAAGAGUGUCAUGACAGCAGCGAAAACCUCACGGCGGUUGACUUCGAUGAGAGAGAGAGCGAAGAUUCUGCCCGCUAAAGCAACAAUGCCGCCCACUAUUGAAACUUUAACACAGACUCAGGUGCACGAAACACCUGUUAAAGCCAAGCCGCCAGCUGAAGCAGUAGAAAAACGCAGCUUGGCAGUGCUCACUGCGCUACAAUUGUCCGUCAAAAAACAACCGCCUGCUCAACUGACGACUGCUGUUGAUGAACGCAAAGUAUGUGCACCAGCAGUGGCGCCGCCAAUAGCAGCAUUGGACGACAAUGCAACCUCCAUAAUUUUUACUAGCAGCACAAGAACAACAACAGCAUAUGAGUUUACAGAGAAAACCGAACAUUUGCCGUUGGAUAAGCUGAUUUCAAAAGCGAAAGUCAAGCAAAGACAAUGCGUGCAAAUCGAUGCGCUGCCGGUUGUGAAAGCUUCACGAUCCAUAAACGUUGGGCGCAAGAAAAUUGUGCGUAAGCCGCUCGGUUUCAAGGGUACACUUGCGUCGGAUAUUCCCGUCGUAGUUGAGGAGUUGGAGGAAGUAAAAUUGCCGGGUAAAGCGUCAAUGAGGAGCGCUGUGAAAUCAGAUGAGGAAGCCGAAAAGGACGCUGGUGAUGGUCCGGUGCCGAGAAUAAAAAUUAAAACACCAACUGGACGAAACACAGUUCCCGCAAGCAAGUUACGCGUUUCGCCGCGUCUGCAAGGCAAGAAAAAGUUGAAGAAAUUAAAUGAUAGCGACGAAGAGGAGGAUGAAGAUGUGCCAGCACCGAAGGCUGUAAAACCAGCGAGAAUUGUGAAGACGCGCUCAAGAACAGCUAAGAAUUUGGUAGCAACGGCCGUAAAAACAGCACUUUCGAGGCGCAAAAGAGUAACAAAAACUAAAACGACAGCGCAGACGGACGAAAUGACAGCCGACAAAGACGACGACGACCACGAAGACGAGCGAAAAGAGCGCAACAUGAAGCAAGGAAGUGACGAUAUGCCCAAAAAUAUACAGUCGAAGGAAAGAUUGCAGCCCGAUAUUGAGAAACCUUGCUGCUCGAAAGAUGUUAAGAAACUUGAGCGCGAGAAAGCUAAAAAUAAGACGGAAUUUGGCAUAAAUAAAGAAGAGAAAAAAUUGAGCAAAACACAAAAGGUCUCAACUAAAACAACUACAGAUUCGAAAAAACUGACCAAAAAUCUAAAGACUAAUGCUAAAGUAAAGAUAACUGACGAAGACUUAGAAUCAACUCAAGUGACGAAAGCAAAGGACAUGAUGUUAACUAAACCCGAAAAACUGGUGUCGAAGGAGACUGUGCAUUCGGAAGAAAUAAACCAGAGUAAAGAUCAAAACGAAAAGGUAACUAAAGAGAAAGAUGAUGAAUCUCCAACCACAUCGAGUGCGAGUAGAGCUGUGGGCAUAACAGACAUGCAAGCGAGAACAAGUGAAAACAAAAUUGACGAUGAAACGGAUGGAAGAAAUUUAAAUUCGAAUGAAGUCAUUGAAAAUCUACCACUUAAACCAACUGAGAAGAAUAAUGCGAAGGAAGAAAAGAACAAGUCUCAGACGCAUACUAAAUCUAAAGUCGAAACGAAAGCUUCGCCCACAUCCACAACAAACACGGAGCCCACUCCAACAGAGUCCUCCGAAGACGAUCCUUUGGAGGGUUGUGAACUCACCACGGUGACCGAAGACGACCCUAUACGUUUUAUAUCCGUCACAUAUAAUGGUCCUGACUCCUCACCGCCAAAUCCCUUGCCACGACGUGAUUUUUCAAAUUUCAAAAUGGUUGUGGCUUUCGAUGAGGAUGAAAAACACGUUUGGCGCGUCAGUGACGAACUCAUGCUUUUUAACGCCUCACCUGCAACACAACCAAUACGAAAUAUACCAAAAAAGCGUAAGGUUCGUAUAAAUACAUGCAGCAGUGAACAAGAUGAUGCAGCCACAGUGGGCAUUGUGCACAGUACAACGACCACCAUAAAGGCCACCAACUCGGCAAAGGCAAGCGCAACAGUCGUCAGCAGCAGUGAGCGCACAAAUCAAGCGGUUAAUGUCAGAGCGAAUGAGUUGGAACCAUCAGCGACUUCUACACCAAUAUCAGCGCCAGCUACUAGCAGUACACAAGAGCCCAGAAGACGAACAUCUAGGCAAACAGCGAAAGUUGUCGAAGAUGACGAAGUACCGAGUAACUCUACUGAGCCGACACCUUCAACACAGCCAACUACGCAGAGCUCAGCCGGCUCUAGCGCAGUGCUCCAAAUAGAUGAUAUUGAAUCACUUCUUUCUCGCUUACACGGCAAGGAAGACUAAAUUCAUAUUUCAUAUUACCGUUAAUUCUCCAAAUCUCAAUUUACCAUAAGCAUAAAUACAUUUAAAUAGAUAAGCACAUUAUUGUACAUACAAUGGUAUGUAUGGGUAUGAAUAUGUAUUUAAG